UAAACAGUUUUUUUUUCUUCUAGCCAUCAGUUGGGGCUCAAGAGGCAGCGGGACUCAGGAGGCAGAAUGAAAAAUCAGGACUUUUUUGAAACGCCGUGGGACACGGGACAAAUUGCUAAAAAUCGGGACUGUCCCGCCAAAAGCGGGACGUCUGGUCACCUUAAAGACUCUUAGAGUACCUGCCUUGAUCUAGAAACUGUAAAGAACUGACAUUUCUAGAUUUUAAUGCCUUUAUUCUCUGUAUUACAGUUUACUAAACCAAUACCAAAAGAUUGAGAUUGAAACAGCGUAACUAUUGUCCCAAAUUGACUGAAACUGAACUACUUUGGAGGCCUUUCAGUUUACAGCAGAAGACAACUAUGACUUUUUCACCUAUUGUACUCAUUGUCUGGUUUCUUCAUCUGACUAGAUUGCAAGGUGCUGCUGACCCAGAAGUAGGUUGUAAGAAGCCACUAAUCUCUACAAGAAUUGUUGGAGGCCAACCAGCUUCUGAAGGGUCAUGGCCAUGGCAAGCGGGCCUUUCAGUAUUCAACAUAACUUUUUGUGGUGGCACUCUCAUAGACAAGAAGUGGGUGCUGACGGCUGCUCAUUGCUUCAUCUGGCUCCCUGAAGGCUUUAACAAAAUUUUUGUGGGGUUAGGCGACCACCAACUCAUGAACCCUUCAAAUACCUCAGAGAAAUUUGCCAUCCAACAAAUUAUUAUUCAUCCUCAAUACACAGCUAAUGACACUAUGUAUGACAUCGCUUUGUUGGAGCUAAACGACACUGUGGAGUUCACCAAAUACAUCAUGCCUAUGUGUCUCCCAGAGUCUUCUGUGAAGUUCCCUGACAAUUCCAGCUGCUGGGUCACUGGAUGGGGAAGAACAGCAUCUAAGGUGGACCUGAAACCUCCCCAAACCCUUCAAGAAGUUGAAGUGUCUAUCAUCAAUACAGAUUUAUGCAACUCUUUAUACAACAUGCUCAAUGUUACAAUAUUGCCCCAUUCCCCUAUCAGGGCUGGUAUGAUCUGUGCGGGUAGCUUAAAAGGGGGUAAAGAUUCCUGUCAGGGUGAUUCUGGAGGACCUAUGGUUUGCCAAUGUGAUGGAAGUGAAAAUUGGCUGUUGACAGGAAUUGUGAGCUGGGGGUUAGGCUGCGGCAUAGCCGAUGUGCCUGGUGUCUACACUUCAGUAGCACAUUAUGCUGAUUGGAUCCAGCUGCACAUACCCCACAUAAAAUUUUCCGAGUGCCCACGUGAAAGUAAUAGUGUAGGACACAAUACCCCUCUUCUCGUGCUUUUUCUGAUAUCUGUCAAAUUGAUCUUCUUCUGAGAGACUUAGACGUUCCUCCUUCAGCUUACCUAUGUCCCCAGGUGAAAUCUUUUUUACACAAAAUGCUGCUGGUGCAGCUCUACAUAGAAAUCUAUACAUUCUCCAAACUGGAGGCAGAUCAGCAUUAAAAUUCUUUUUUUUUCCUUUUUAUGUUUUAUUUGUUUUAUUUAUAUAACAUUCAAUUUUCAUCAAAGUGUGUUGUCUGGGUACAGUUAUUUUUAAACAAUCAUAACACAUGUAUGGAUAAACUAAUCUUACUAUUAAGGAUAAAGAAGAAACUGAAUAUUUCUUAAUAUGGGACAUAUUUUAUCAAUGGCUAGACAACAGAAACAGAAGUUAGAAAGGAGAAGAUAUAAAAAGAAGGAAUGUUAAUGUGGAGAGUUGAUAAAGAAGAUAAUGUUAAGUAUUAUUGUUAUUAUAUUAUCAUAUUAUUAUAUUACCAAUAUUAUGGUGAUUAAUACCACAACAAUGUUGCUGAGCACAUUGUAAGCCGCCCUGAGUCUUCGGAGAAGGGCGACAUAUAAAUCAAAUUAAAAAAAAAAAGCAUUAAAGUUCUAAUUAGUGUUAAAUCAAUAAAAAUAUGAUUUAAUCAUGUGGCUUACCACAAGAAUGAAGAUAAGGCUGACCAUUCUUCAGGCUUUGGCUGGGAAUCAUGAUAAGAAUUGCGUACUACCAAAUCCAGAGGUAGCUUGAGAGGAGCUUUCCAAAAUCUUCAAAGGCCUCCUGCCAGUGAUAAACUGUCUUUUCCCUUUCCUCCUGGGAUUACUGACAAUGGUACUACUCUUCCUCCUCCUAAUAUCAUAUGGCAUGUUGUUGCUCUUCCUUCCCCACAAAAGAGUUUCCACUCUUCCCCACCAAAAUGUAUUUCCAACAUCACUUAACCUGACAACAAAGAUAACAACAAUAUUGGGCUGCCAGAAAGACUUGGUUCAAGGAACAUACUCUGUUUUCAAAUAAUCUCUGAGAUCACUAUGAAAAGACAUGUAUCUUUAAAACAGUGAAGAUGCUGCAAUGUCCACCUAAAGGGUGGAAUUUUUUCUCCAUGCUUUCUUUUCUUUGGCGCUCAGCUAUGCACUCCGUUCUGAUUUGAACCUUGUUUGGCAACACUGAUCUACAGCUAAGACUCCUAUCAAUAUAAAUUCAUAAAGGAAGAAGCUGUUUCUAGUUCGUGUCCUGAUUUUGGACAUCAUCUCAACGUCUGAUUGGCUGCAAAAGUGAGAACCUUUGAGGAACUGGGACACCAACCUGGCACUCACUGGAAGAAGAUUUUUGAAGUCUCCAGAAGGGUGCUUCCUUGCCUUGUUGAAGAGACCAAAGUGCAGAAUUGUUCUACCCCUGAACUAAAACGAAAAUCUCCAAGUCUUCUUUUACUAAGUGAUUUUUUUCAGGAAAGGAAUGACUUUGCUAUAGCUACUGCUGUCAGAAGCUACUGGAUUUAACUGGAAUCAAUUUAAUGUAAAAUUUGUAAUCUAUAAUUUUCUUUAAUUAUUGUACUUAAUUCCCAUCCCUUUCUUUCCUUCCUUUAACUUAUUUUAAUAGAUGAUUUUGUUUGUUACUACUACUGGAUAAUUUUCUUUAUAUAUUAGUUUAUGCUGCUCCUGGAACAAAAUAUGUCUAUCAUUGUAAAAUUUUACUCUGAUGUAUCAUAACAAUAAAAGCAAUGUUUACUAUUUGUAAACACCUUGAGACAUUUAAUUCAAAUGAUUAAAAGAUCUGUGGCCUUGA